AUGUUGAAUCUUUUGACAUCCGGAUUGGCCUUGGCCUCUUUGGCCUCCGCAGGCUCCAGCGGGCUCCCCAAGUUCGGCGAGAAGCAAUUCUCCCAGUCCUUCCUCGAUGGAUACAACCUGUUGAAGCACAUGGGUAGUUUCGCUCCUUACUCCGAUCGUGCUUCGUACGGUGUGGACCGAAACACUCCCGAGGGAUGCGAGGUUGAUCAAGCGCAUAUGCUGAUGCGUCACGGCGAGCGUUACCCCGACGCUAUCUUUGCUGAAGGCUAUGUUGAGGUGUUGGAGAAGAUGCGGAAGUCCAAGGUCAAGACCUGGGCUGGAGACCUCGCUUUCUUCAAUGACUGGACUUACUAUGUUGAGAAUGAGGGUUUGUAUUCCCAGGAAUCGACUACCGGUCCGUAUGCGGGUCUGCUUGAUGCUUUCACUCGCGGCAGUGAAUACCGUCUUCGCUAUGGUCACCUUUGGGAUGGCGAGUCCGUUGUCCCUAUCUUCAGCUCUGGCUAUGAGCGUGUUAUUGAGACUGCUCGUUAUUUCGGUCGGGGCUUCUUUGGAUACAACUACUCUACCAGUGCUGCCAUGAACAUCAUUCCUGAGGCUGCUACUCAAGGAGCUGAUAGUUUGACCCCGUCGUGCUCGGCUGAUUCGAACUACUACACCUGCUACGCGGAGCGGUUCUACAAGACCUUGCCCCCGUUGGAGGUUGCUGCCAAGCGAUUCAACUCUCAAAAUCCUGGACUGAACCUCACUGCAAGUGAUGUUCUCCAAUUGAUGGAGACUGCGGCGUUUGAGCUCAAUGUCCGUGCUUCUACCCCAUGGGCUGAUGCAUUCACUCUCGAUGAGUGGGUGGCCUAUGGCUAUAUCUGGGAUAUGGCCUACUACUACUGCUUUGGAGCUGGCAGCGAGUACCAGACCGCCGCAGGUCAAGUUUAUGCUAACGCCACCCGUGUCCUGAUGGAGUCCGGCCCCAAGGCUGGAAAGAUGUUCUGGAGUUUUGCCCACGAUGCCAACAUCACUCCUGUUAUUGCCGCCUUGGGAAUUGACGUCCCCGAGCACCAUCUCCCCAACAACACCAUUCCAUUCCCUAACCCAUACCGCGUGGCCGAUAUCGUCCCCAUGGGUGGUCACCUUACCCUGGAGCGUAUGACUUGCAACGCUACCGCCACGAGCAAGGCCGGUGUCUACGUCCGUGCCAUCCUUAACGAGGCCGUUGUGCCUUACUCGAAGUGCCAGAGUGGACCCGGUUACUCGUGUCCUCUCACUAAAUUCUCUGCUAUCGUCGACAAGGCUCCUAAGUUCGAUGAGAAGUGUGAGACUCCUUCCUCGUACCCUCAGUACUUGGACUUCUUCUGGAACUAUAACACUACCAACGAGUACAAUGACCAGUCUGGCCCUAUCGCAUACCAGGUUACUGAUAUCGACGUUUGA